AUGUUUGGUGGUGGCAUCUUCUUACCGGACCCCUCAACGUAUGACCCUUUAGAAAUCCUGCUCAACACGCAUGACCAAAGCGAGAGAGAUGAGCUUGUCGAAAAAUGGAGAGACAACAAGCUAAGCGAGCUGAACUUUGUUGGUGUCGUAGUAAGUACUGUAUCCAUUGAUGAUGCCGCACCGCUGACGAUGGUCAAGUCCGCCCUGCUUGCGGGUGUCCUUACCUCGACAGGCAGCUGGCCGAAUAUCCUCACCACUGGCAGGCCCACUCCGUGGUAUGUCCGGACAUCGUGGUACUGUGGCAUCAUCAUCACAAUGCUUUCCAUCAUCAGCGCAGCCGACCAGACCGUCGCCAUUGUUUUCACGGCUGUUGCGGCUCUAACGAUUAUCAUGUUCUUCGUUGGGCAGAUUUCGCUCUACUCGCCGAUCAGGGAGUAG